GUGCACUGUCCCACACGUGGGGUAAACGUUUAUAGUUCUAUGGUUUGAACGAACCGCAUGCGACAGUAGCUACAUACCUGAUCAGGCUUGUGUGAAGCAAAUUUUACAUUUUAUUAGUAUUUCGUCUUUUCUUCUUUUCUAGUCUACUCGGAAUUAAUUAGUCCUCCGUGAAGCAUUUCGCCGAGAGGGCCGGAAUAUUUUGAAGUCGAGUGAAAAUGACUGAACCCCAAGUCAACCCCAAGGCCUACCCUUUGGCCGACGCCACGCUGACCAAAACCAUCCUGGAUUUGGUGCAACAAGCUGCAAACUACAAACAGCUGAGAAAAGGCGCGAAUGAAGCUACAAAAACCCUGAACAGGGGCAUCGCAGAGUUUAUCGUGAUGGCUGCUGAUGCUGAACCACUGGAGAUCAUUCUCCACCUGCCAUUACUGUGCGAGGACAAGAACGUCCCAUAUGUGUUCGUGCGUUCCAAGCAGGCCUUGGGCCGGGCCUGUGGGGUGUCUCGUCCAGUUAUUGCUACCUCAGUGACCAUUAAGGAGGGCUCCCAGCUCAAGCCACAGAUUCAGUCUGUCCAAACUGCUAUUGAGAGACUACUUGUGUAAUUCUUUUGUCCUGUGGAUGAUGACCACGUCUCUUCUGGAAUAAAGAGACAAUUCCAAAAUAGUUCUUUAGUUAAAUACAGCAUAUGGCUUGAUAUGAUGGUAUUUUAUGUUGAUGAAUAGGGUUUUUACUUUGUAAAAGUGUUUCAUUUUGUAGUUUUACAAUAUGAUUCACAAUAAACUUUUUUAUGUCAUA